GAUGUAGCGUCGGAAGCUAUGGCAGCCUUCCCUCACCACAAAGGGCUCGCCAGGACAGCAUUCUGAUUUGUUGAAAUGGGUUUGUGCUGAUAGGCGGCAUUCCAUGUGGGCGUCGAUGUAGUGGAAGGUGCUGGUUUCUUACGAGACUGUGGUAUAGAUUGCAGAGCUUUGCCCCUGCGGUGAAGAGUAUUCGUUGCGGGUGGAGGUUUGCAGCGUGGAUAUGCCGGAGCUGGACUCGUGGGAUCUGGCGAAGGGCCAUACCAUCUCCCAAGAUGGUGAUCUUCGAGUAUUUCGAUACUCGGAGUUUUCGGAGUGUGCCAGCCCUCCUUGCAAUACCGCAGAGCCAGAAUGCCUUCCGUCGCAGUUCCACUUGUCCGAAUCCUUGGCGGUGUCACCUCUUCUGGAAUCUCAAGGCCCUAAUCUCGAGCUGAAUGAUGGUUUUGUCAGAGAAGCCUCUACAGACUUGCCCUGUUCAAUGAAGAAUGUGGAUCAACUUGACGAGGGCGAGAGAUACGCCUUAAACUGUGACGGACAUGAACAACCUGAAUCAACUUGCUCUGGGAGCCUUGGACUUCCUCUCUUUGAUGAGCCUCGUGACUCGAAAGCAUGGGAAAGCAACCGUCGGCGCAUUUAUUGUGAUCCUCGUCUCCUUGAAGAGGAGACACAGGUAUCAGAUUUCGCUGAGUUAGUGUCAGCGCAGCAAGAUUCACAUCGACUGUCUCACAUUCUAUAUUCACAGACAGCUUCUCAGCAACACGAUAAGAGUGAGCCACUAUUAGUUGUAAUAAAGCAAGAAUGUUGUAAAACAGUUCGAGAUUUUGGUGAUAUUAUCCAGAGAUGGCAUAGCAGGAAAAAGUCGGCCUUUAGUUUGAGCUCUUCAACGAUUGGGUCUCCCCUAGAGAUAAAACAAGAAUCCGUGGAGCCAAGUACUGCAUAUAUAGAUCCAUUGGAGUCAGGGAAUGCAGACCCUUUAACGGCAACUAAGCAGAAGCCCUCUGAAGCAGUUUUGUUUGAUGAUAUAGUGCAGAGGUGGCAUAACAGGAAAAGGAUAUCUCUACCUGCAGUCACUGACCCAAGGUCUUCUCCGGACACCGGUAUCCAUAAGAAGCUGAAACCGACAUCAGAGAAAACAGUUGAAUUGGGUACGUUAGAACUAAGACAGCUUCAAGAUCAGCCUAUGGAGUCUUCCACAAUAAUUGAACAGGAGAACUGUAGUAUAUUAGGGGAUGAAUGUGAUGGACCGCUUCCAGAUGUGCUCGCUCCCGGCAGCGACUCUGAGACAACCGAAGAGGACAUUGAUGGUAAUACCGAUGGGAUUCUCACAGAUGACUGUUGUGAUUCAAGCCUUUCCCAAAGAAGAUUAACUUAUUCAUGUUCUAAAGAUAUGAAGAGUUUCUGGCAACCAGAAAGUGCGAAGAAUCAUGAGGUAGAACGGAAGUUUUCCUGUCCAAGAAAAUAUCGACCAGGAGGAAGGCAGCGCACCAUAGACACAUGGAUUAAGUAGAAUAAUUCACUUCCGUCGUGGUUUAGCUUUCUUGACUCACUAUGGAAUGUGUGUGGAUAUUGUUUCAGAUUUCUAGUCAAUGUGGAUCAUACUUCUUCCAAACUACACAUUUUUGUCAGCGAAAAGAAAUAAAAUUGAGCUUGAGCA